GUGGCGUGCCAAGCAGUGCCAUGUCCACACCCGGGAUCCGAACCGGUGAACCCCAGGCUACCGAAGCAGGACGUGUGUACUUAACCGCUGCGCCACUGGGCCGGCCCCCACGUCCUGGUGAGCUCGAGGUCAGCUCCUCUGAAGCUCGAGGGAAGGAAGCGGAGCGAAGAAGAGGGCAGGGAGAGGAGCGAGCGGCGAGCUGUGUGGGCACAACAGUCCCACCAAAAAAAUACCCCAAACCGAGAGGAGCCAGCGGGAUUCUCUGCCCCUGGCGCUGACUGGGGCCCCACCACCCGCAACACUCUGCACGGUGGUCUCCUUCUCCCCCGGCACCUGUGGGUUUCAGCUUCCGUAACCGAAAUAUGAAGGAGGAGAAGGGAGAGUCUCGAAGAACCAAGACCACGCGGGGCUCUUGAAUUAAACUUUCUGUUUUGGGAUAAUCGUUGAUUCCAUGCAGUUGUCAGUAACGAAACAGAGAGAUCCUGGGUACCCUUCACCCCAUUUCCCCCCAAUGCUAACAAUGCAAAACUCUGGUGCGGUGACGCCACCAGGAUACGGACAUCGAUCCACUCGCAUUGUCCUUCCCUCCGGCCCCACCUCCUCCCAACCCCCAGCAACCACCGAUCUGUCUCCAUUUUACCAUUUCGUCGUUUCGAGAACGGCAUGUAAGUGGCGUCAUGUGCGUCAUGAUCCGAGACUGGCUUUCUUCCGCGGUCGGGGAUCCCCCAGACGGUGGCUGCGUCCAGGGUGGGGCCCUUCCCGUUGCUGAGCGGGGUCCUCGGGGCGGAUGGACGCAGCUCGAUCGACCGUUUCCCUGCUGAAGGGCACCUGGGCUGAUUCUGGUUUGGGGACGUGACGAAUAAGGCCGCCGUGGACACGUGUGCGCAGGAGUCUGCGUGAACUGAGCUGCUGUUUCUCUGGGGUCAGUGUCCCGGCCGUGCAGUCGCUGGUCACACGGCAGCUGCAUGUUGAGCCUUUUAGGAAACUGCCACAAUGUUUUGAGAGGGGCUGCCCCGUCCCACCUUCCCACCGUCUCAGUUCUGACGUCUGAUGGAGACGACAGGACCGAAUCACGGAAUGUGUUCGAGCCUCAGAUCCUGAACAGAAGCCGGCAGCCACGGUGCCAACGCAGGAGGGGCCAUCGCCCGGCCACCCCGAGCUUCCAGGGACCCGGACGUGCCCCACGAUGGGCAGCGGGCAGCGUCAGGCUGUCCCGGGACCAACUGGCUGGACCGAGCAGAGGUCAUUUCAGAGCUAAAGGUGCUGCUUUGAAGGGAGACUUUUCCGGAAGAAGCUUAUGCAGCCUUCCUGGCCUCGGGCAGACGCACAGACAAGGCUCACGGUCAGAAUUCUGCAGACUGUUCAUAAAAAUGCCUUUUGGUGGCACGUCUGCUGUGAAACAAAGGGCCCCCCUAAGAUCCCACCCCACUUCUCUUUCCUAAAUUUCCUAACUCUUGUCUUCUCUUCUGCACCCACCGACCCGGACGUGGAACUACGGCUUCCAGGCUCAAAGGGACCAAAAGUGGGGGUCUGGCUGACAAGAAGCACACUCCCAGGAGCUCUUUGCCCCAGGAAGGCAGGGGCUCCGUCACAGGGCAGGCACACUCUGGGCAGCGACAGUGUGGCCAGGACACCGGGCGCUGGAGGAAAUGCUGGGCCUGUGCCUCUGGCCGGGUUCUGAGCCGGUGCUCCAGGUGGGGACACACCUGCAGGGCCCCCCAGUCCCGCCUGGACCAGGCUGCUCUGGGGCAGAAAGAGGCCGGCCGACCCCGGUGACCGAGGGGGUGACAGUCCCGACCUCCCUGCGGCCCGGGCUCCCGGCUGUGGCUUCUGGGGGCCCAAGAGUCCCCUCCAGGGAUCCGGGUGCCCGGGAAGACCCUGCGUGUCUGGGGGUGCGCCCAGGGCGCAAGGGCCAGGGAGCUCCGAGUUCACGUCCCAGGGCAGGGAGGCCCAGCUCUGCUCGGGGACCCAGCGGGCUCUGCCCCGACGGGGGCGGCGCGGCGAGUGCGAGGCGGAGGGAGGCGCCCCUCCCGUCGGACCACCCAGCGCGCGCUCCCUCCGCCUCCCCCGCGGCCGGGCAGAGGGUCCCCCGGAGCCCGCUCGCUCCCUCGGCGGCUCUGCGGUGGCUGGGGCCUCCCCCGCGCCGGGAUUGGAUGCGAGAGAACGGGGUGGGGGCGGGCGGGGGACCCCAGAAGCCCAGGUUCCCAGCUCGGGCGGAGAGCAGCGCGCGCUGCAGACGCUGCGGUUCGGCGCCCGGGAGGACCUCCGCGCGGACCAGGCGGCCGGCGGCCGGCGCGGAGGAGGCGGCAGCGGAGGCCCGCGGGCACCCACGAUGUUUGACAGCUCGCAGUACCCCUACAACUGCUUCAACUACGACGCCGACUACGACGCCGACGACUUCCCGGCCGGCAGCUCCGACGAGGAGAAGCGGCUCACGCGGCCCGCGUACAGCUACAUCGCGCUGAUCGCCAUGGCCAUCCAGCAGAGCCCCGCGGGCCGGGUGACCCUGUCGGGCAUCUACGACUUCAUCAUGCGCAGGUUCCCCUAUUACCGCUCCAACCAGCGCGCCUGGCAGAACUCCAUCCGCCACAACCUGUCCCUCAACAGCUGCUUCGUCAAGGUGCCGCGGACCGAGGGCCACGAGAAAGGCAAAGGGAACUACUGGACGCUCGGCGGCGGCUGCGAGUCGCUGCUGGACCUCUUCGAGGGCGGCAACUACCGGCGGCGGCGCAGGCGGCGGGGCCCCAGGAGCGAGGGGGCGCGGGCGGCGCGCGCGGGGGGCGCCCGGGAGCCGCCGGGUCCGUCCGAGCCGCUCAGUGCGCGCGGGUCCCCGGCCCCCCGCCCGGCCCCCGCCCCCGCCCCCGCCGGCCCCGCCGCCCUGGGGAAGCUGGAGCGCGGGGACCUCAAGUUCAGCAUCGACUCCAUCCUCUCGGCCCCCGACCCCUUUCCUGCGCUCACGUCGCCCCGCCGCGCGCCCGAGCGCAGAGACCCCGCGCUGGAGGCCCAGCACCUGAACCUGCGCUUCUGGACGAUAAACUUCCACAGACUCGUGCUGGCUGCUGACACCCGCCUGGGUUGGAGGGAGAGGCGCCAGUCUUGUGAAAGGUGUUCCUGUGGUGUUGAGGACUCACCCUUCCAGAAAAAUCUCCCUGAAGGAAAACCUGUGGGGUUCCUGUUCCGGUUAGGGGUCCGCUCUGGAUUCACGGGGUGACCCCGCCCUGAGGAGCCAGGAACAGUUUAGGGUGCCGUCCACUUAGAGUCAAGGUAGCAUUUCCUCCCCCGGUCGUUGGAGAAUUUGGUUCAUAGAUGCCACAGCCUGGUGGGCUCAGGACUCGGUCACGAAGUGGGUGGGCAUCUUCCCACAGCUCAAGUCCUAAUAAAGUGCAGACGGUGAGGUCAGACGCUGAGCGAGCCCGAGAACAUUGUCCCCAGGUUCUUGACCGUGUCGCCGUGGUGGAUGCUGUGGUUGCAAGUGACAAACGCGUCUCGUGUCGUGGGCAGAAUAUUUGGUGGUUGUUUAAGAAAUCCCAUGCACUUUUUUAAACUGGAAAGAAGGAACGGAGAAAGGAAGGGAGGAAGGGAAGGUCGUCCCACAUUUGGGACGACCUGGGGGCAGAGCACACUUCUGGGUCCUCCUGAGCCGGGUGUAAGCCCUCUUCCGGCACGUUCCACCCCCGGAAAGCAGACACUGCAUAGCAGACGGCUGACGGAUUCCCGCUACCCUGUGAGGCACGCGGGUAGCAACCACACAGUCGCGAGCUGGGAGGUGGGUGCGCUCCAUCUGAAAUGUAAAUGAUUUAAUUACCGCGUGGAGACAGGCGUAGUGAGGAACACAAUUACGCAGGGAAGCCAUUCGACCGGCCUUAUCAUUUUUCACCAGCCCGUUUUGCAGACUUAAUCGCCUUCUGUGACUUAAUUUGAACAUUAGUAUGGAUUACGCCUAAUCUGAUUCACCAGGUGACGACGACAACUGGCUAAUUUCGUAAACGGCAAAAACGCACCCAAGGAGGCCGGCUGUCUCGGCUGGGAAUUGCGUCUCUUGCUUUAUCCGGUUCUGACAAACGGGCCCGGAGUGAAGGGAGGCGGGCGGGCAGCUGAGACAGAGCGAACCCCGUGAAGACGCGCUCAGACCUUGACGGUUCGUCAGGUCUCAGAAUUCCUUCCUGCACCGGCCCCGCAGGCAGAAACUCCGCGCUGAGUCCCCCAACGCCGGCGGCCCCCUAGGCCAGCACCCCAGCCCCGGGAGAUGCUGUCAUCUCAUCCCCAUUCACAGCUCAGGGACCCGCAGCGCAGGGGCCCAGGCCCAGGACGCAGGCGUGUGGCCUCGGGGUCAGGCUGCCCGUGCAUCCUCGUGCUGUGGCUCACCCAGGCCGCGAAUGCCCUGUGCACGCGUGUGCGUGUGUGUGAAUGCAGGUGUGUGCUGUGCGUCCGUGUGCCUUCCUUCUAUGUCCUGUCGUUUGUGCUAAAAGUGUUGUUAUAAAUAAUACUGGACAGAAUCUGGAAAGUGAUGCAAUGCUGGUGGCACCGUCCGUGAGUCGACGGCACGCGGACUAUCAGGAGGUAUAUUUUUCUGCUCCCAACGGAGCAAAUAAAAUGCGCAAUUUCUCUCUGGCUCUCGCUCAGCUCCUGGUUGUGUCCAGGUGGCGAAGGCUGACUGAGAACAGAAAACCCUAAACAGGACCAUCUCUGGAGGCCCCGGCCUCAGAGAGGGAGACGAGGCCUCGGAACGGGGUGGGGUUUGGUCGCACGGCCUCCUGCGCACGUCCCAGGCAGCCGCCCACGGGGCUCCGGCCGCGAGCACAGGGGAGGCGAGGUCUGCGCACGAUGAGGCGUAACAUUUGUUUUGCAAAGGAUAUCAAUCAUGUUUUUAAACGCGAAGGGACAUUUUCAAUUUGCCAGCGUGUGGGAUCCCGCGACUCCAGCCCCGAGAGUGAGCGGCAUUUAAUACCGACAACACGCCCUGACCUAUUCAAAUGUCGCCGCCACCACGCAGGCUCGCCCGACGCGAUUAUAAUUAAGCGCUUUAUGCCUCUCUUGCAAAUCGGCUGAUUGAUCACCGACACGUCCGCUGUCACCACGUCACCCCGAGCACAUGUCUGCCACGCGUGGUCACGGAUCGCCAGGUUUCCAUUAGCAAAGUGGGGGGCGCUGCCCCCGGGGGCUUCGGGGAGGGGCAUACGGAUCUCCACCGUGCGGAGCGAAGUUCGGGCCAGGCGGCGUUGGCCGGAGCUCCUCGUCCCCGGACGCCUGGAGACCGAGGCUGUCCCUCCUCAUGGCAGCUGGCCAGUGGAGUCCAGC